AUGAGAAUUUAUUGGUGUUCUUUACAUAUUUUGUUUCUUUCAAUUGUCUCAUACCAAAUUACUCCAGAUAUAACUGAACCACGAAUAACAUCGAUUGUUCCAAUUAAUUCGACAGCAUUAACUGUUAACUGGCAGUUCGCUGAUACGUCAAUUGAUCGAUCAGAUUUAAUAAGGAUUUCAAUUGAUUUUUACGAGUAUUAUUAUAGUUACAAUCGAACAUAUUUAGGAACGAAUUAUACGUUUGUAUCAACAAACAAGACAAUAACAAGUUUAACGAAAAAUUUCGAAUUAGUAAACGCUUAUUAUUAUGUUUGUUUCUCAUCCAAUUCAACCGUAACUAACGUGAGUGUGUAUUUAGCAAUUACGAACAAUUGUAUUUUAGCUCGAACAUGUUCACGCUCGAAUACAACAUGUUCAGGACCCUCAUCUGUUCUUAUAUCAUCGAUCAACAUGUCUCCUACUGCAUUUUUAAUUUCAUUUCUUUGGCCGAAUGAUCUACCAUAUAAGCCUAUUUCUUUUACAGCCAACUUGAUCAAUAAUAAUCAGUCAGGCACACCACUGAGUGUCAUACAAAACUCGACGCAUACAAAUCGGUCCUAUCUAUUUAAUGGCCUCACAUCGAAUACAGCUUAUACAGUGAACACAAGCUUUACUUAUAGUGCACUUUACAAUGUUACAAAAGUGAAUACGAGUACUUUGAUAGUAACAACGUCUUCCUCAGCAAGAAUAUUUUAUACCGGUGUUGUACAUUUUUUCUGGGUGAUUAUGUUCGUUUUAUUCUUUUGGGAAUAA